AUGCAGAGAGCCUACAACGAGUCUAGAGGCCGAAGCCCAAACCGCCAAAGUCCGAACAAGAGAAGUAAGGAUAGAGAUCGGCAAGGAUCAAAGAAGGCAUCCAACUCCCAUAACAAGAGGUCAGACGAACGUUCCUCGAGAACUAAGUUUGACAAUUAUGCUCCACUGAACAUGUCUAGAUCUCGGAUAUGGAAAGAGGUGGCUCAAACCGAGAUGCGUAAUGUCGAAAGGGCUCGACCCAUUAAAAACAAGGGCAGCUUGGACAAAAACAAGUAUUGUGCUUUUCAUGAUCAGAAUGGCCACAGAACGGAUGACUGCUGGGAUCUCCGAGAUGCUAUUGAGAAGAACAUCAGAGUAGGGAAUCUUAAGCAAUAUCUUAUCCGAACUCAGGGUAAGAAAAAUGGCAAGCGAAGACAGAGAAGCCAGAGCAGGAGCCCUAGCCCAAAAAAGGAUGAUAGGAAAGACCGCAGUCAAUAUCACCCUAAUAAAGGGAAAAAGGCCGAGGAUAACGAUGAAGAGUACCAGGAGGCUGAGUACGAAUGCAAUGUGAUAAGCGGUGCUUUGGGAGGUGGAGGUGACACUGUGAGUGCUAGAAGGAGAUAUCUAAAGAAGGUCAUGUCGGUUAGAGACAAGCCUACCUUCAAAGGAAGAGCUGGUAAGCCUGACCUCCCCAAGUUAUUUUUUACUGAAGAAGACCUUCAAAAGGUCGUCCCUAGCCACACUGAUGGCUUAGUGAUUACUGGGAUGCUAGUUAAUUACCGGGUCAAGAGAAUUUUCAUUAACCCCGGAAGCUCAGCCGACAUACUCUUUUGGAAUGCUUUCCAGAAGAUGAACUUAGU